AUGGAAAAAAUAAAUGAAUUAAUUGAAUUAGUUGGAAAUGAUAGAAAAUAUAUUGAUACUUUGAUUAAAACAGAUCAGAUGGAAUUAUUGACUCAUGAAGGACUAAAUAGAGAUAAUAUUUUUGAUGUAAUAAAUCAAAUAAAAGAAUUUGAAUUAAUAUAUCCAGAUGGAUUAUUGAAAUAUCUAGAGAGAGCAAAAACACUUUUAAAAAAAUCAAAAAAGAAAAUUAAUAAAUAUGCAAACUACAUUAUAAAACAGCCAGAUAAUUUAAUUAAAAUAAAAUUUCAUUGGAGAGAUAUAUCAUUUAAAACUACUGAUUAUAACAAAACAUCCGAAAAAUUAUUAAUACAGAACACAUAUAUGGACAAUGGAACCUUUUUAAAUACUUUUUCUAAUCAUGCUAAUGAAGAAAUUUUUUAUAAUGAUACUACAUUUGCACAAAAUUCUAACUGCUUAUCUGAAGAAGGAAAUACACCAGAAACUAUUUCUUCUAAUGAAGAAUAUAAUGAUAUGAAUUAUUAUAAAAAAAGUUCUAUUCUUAUUAAUGAAUUAAAAGAGUUAAAUAGCAGAAAAAAUGUAAAAAAUUUAGAUGGUAUAAAUUUAACAGAAGAAGUAACAUCAGAAAAAAGUGAGAGCAGUACUUUGUCUAACAAUUCAAUUAUUGAAUUAUUCAUACAUUAUGAAAAAAUAGGAUUAAAAGAAAUUGAUAAAGUAUGUUUUAUUUUAUUAGCUGGAGGCUUAGGAGAAAGGUUAAACUACAAUGACAUAAAAUUAAAAUUAAAAACUAACUUAAUAUCUGAAAAAUCAUAUAUUGAAUAUUAUUGCAAUCAUAUAAAAACAUUUCAGAAUUAUAUAAAAAAAAAUAAAAAUAGAGAAGUAGAUAUUCCAUUCAUUAUAAUGUUAUCUGAUGAUACAUAUGAAAAGACAAUAAAUUUUUUUAAUGAAAAUAAUUUUUUCUGUUUAAAGAAAAGUCAAGUGCACUUUUUAAAACAAAAAAAAGUUUUCUGUUUAAAAGAUAAUGAAGCUCACUUAGAUUUUUUAUAUGAAAAUAAUACAUUUAAAUUUUCUAAAAAACCACAUGGUCAUGGAGAUAUUCAUUCCUUAAUAAAAAAAUAUAACAUUUUAGAUAAUUUAAUAGAAGAAGGAUAUAAAUAUUUAUAUUUUUUUCAAGAUACUAAUGCAUUAGCAAUUAAGGCAUUAUUUGUUUGUCUAGGUGUUUCUAUUGAAAGACAACUUCACAUGAAUUUUUUAGCAAUUUCAAGAAAACCAGGAGAAGAAAUAGGAGCUAUAUGCAAACUAAUUAGUGGAGAAAAAUCCAUGAGUGUAAAUUUAGAAUAUAAUAUGUUAGAAUCAAUAUUAGCAUAUACAGGAGAAAAAGAAGUUAUAGAUGAAAAUGGGUGUUCAAUAUAUCCAGGUAACACUAGUGCCAUAUUAUUUGAAAUUAAAAAAUAUAAUGAAAUAUUAAAUGCUACCAAUGGAAUAGUACCAGAAUUUAUCAAUCCUAAAUAUACUGACAAUACAAGAGAGCAUUUUAAAAGUCCUACAAGAGUUGAAAGUAUGAUGCAAGAUUUUGCUUUAUAUUUUAAUGGAGAAAAUCAUAAAGUAGGAGUUACUGAAUUAAAUAGAUUUUUGUGUUUUUCAGCUGUAAAGAAUGAUUUUCUUAAUGCACAAAAGAAAAUUGAAAACAAUAUACAUCCUGAAUGCAUGUUUAGUGGAGAAUCAGAUUUAUAUUACAGUAAUUAUGCAUUUAUAGAGUUAGCUUGCUUAUAUAAUAAUAAAAAAAUUACUUUGGAUAAAAUUCCAAUAAAAACUUUUAAUGGGGUUCAAUAUUUUCUUCCACCUAAAAUUUUAAUUGAACCACAAUUUGCUUUUACUUUAAAUGAUUUAAUCAAAAAAAUAAAGGGGAAUAUAACAUUAAGUAAUAAUGCUACACUUUGGAUUAAAACAGAUGCAAUUAUUAAUAAUUUGCAUGUAGAUGGUACAUUAAUUAUUGAAAAACAUAAUAAUGAAGAAGAUAGUGACCCAAUUAUACUAGAUGAAAAUGUUUCUAUAAAAAAUAAAGGAUAUGAAUUUGUUCACCUUGAUAAUAAAUCGGAAAAUGUUUCAAAUAAUUUAAAAAUAAGAGGUUAUAAAUUAAUAAAAAAGGAGGCAUUCAUAAUAAGUAAUUAA